AGCCAGAAGAAAAGCUAACGGGACGUAGCAAGCUAGAAAUAUUGGAAUUAUUAUAGAGAAACGUUGAAAAUUUCGUGAAGCAGAACAGCAGCAUGGAGCAACUGAUACAGAACCAGGUGAUCUCGGCCGCGGUGCAGCUGGAAAAGCAUCUCGACAAUGAACUUGAUCGGCUGGAGAACCUGAACACGGAUGAUUUGGACAAACUGCGGGAACAGCGCAUUCAGCAGCUUAAGAAACAGGCCCAACAGCGACAGGAGUGGAAGAGCAACGGCCACGGCGAGUACUCCGAGCUGGCUGAUGAGAAGGAGUUUUUUGCGAUAUCGAAAAAGUCACCCAACAUCGUGUGCCAUUUCUAUCGCGAUUCCACGCCCCGUUGCCGGAUCGUCGAUAUGCAUCUGAAAAUUCUGGCCGCCAAACAUCUCGAGGCCAAGUUCUGCAAGGUGAAUGCCGAACGGUGUCCUUUCCUAACAGAGCGCCUCCGCAUCAAGGUGAUACCGAGCAUCGCGCUGAUAAAGGACAGCAAAACGAAGGACUACAUAGUAGGAUUCACCGAUCUGGGGAACUGUGACGAUUUCAGCACCGAAAUGUUGGAGUGGCGCAUCGCACAGUCGGGAGCAAUUGAAUAUAACGGCGACCUUCUGACUCCUCCGGACGUGAAAAAGCAGAAAAAACCGACCAACAUGGGAACAAUUCGCGGCGGCUAUGAUUCUGAUGACUCGGAUAUCGAUUUUGACGAUUAGAAGCCAUCGGGACGCGUGACCUGCGCUUCGGUUGGUGGGAAGCGAAAGACAUAGGGCAAUCGUUAGGCGAAAAGCGUUGUCGCUCCUUCAUCGGAGCGUGUGUCUCUUACACAAAACGAUAAAGUUAGAUCAACGAGCACCGAAAGUCGCUCGCUUCCAUGGCAUCACUGCCAAAUGGAAUAGUUUUUUAAAUGUUAAAACACACAUACACACCUCCUCUGCCGCACAAACGCUCCGGUGCCGCCGUUAACCAUUGCUUGAAAUUACUAUAACUACUACUCUUAGGAUAAUGUCGCUAAUAGAACUCGAUCCCUCAGUGUGAGGAAAGCGUCUUUACUCACGAAGUGAGAUGAACAAUCUUUAUCAAGGAGCGUAGAACAUUUGGCAAACUUUCGAAGCAAUCGUGCAAGAUGAAUUAUUUUAGGUUUCUUUCCGUUAUGAGAUAUACAAAAAUUAUACAGUAUUUGGCGUAAGCGGUAUAACGCACGUAUUUAAAGUUUGGUUCCAUCAAUAUUCGUUUAUCUAACCGACGGUGUGCUGUAAGAAUCGCAACAUGCGUUUGCAUCACACAAGAUGGAAGAAAUGUUUCGUUUUUGUUCGGUUUAACACAACACAAACUAUUGCACCGCAAUGGCGUUGAUUUGAAUUCGGUUCAUUGCAAGGAUGCAUUUCUUAUGCUUAAACUAACGUAAUGAUGUACUCAUCAUAAAUUCAAAAUAAAUCACCCGAGAAAGUGUU